UGUGUGCUUCAUUCAUUCACUCAUUCAUCCAUACUGGCAAGUUAUUUUCCAAGACUUGUGAAGUUUCUCCGAGAGUUCCGUGCAGGAUUUCCAGCGGACGUUCCUAUAUAUAUAUAUAUGUCUAAGGGAGCUGUGUGUGUGUGUGUGUGUGUGUGUGUGUUUGUGUGUGUGUCCUUCAGUGGGACUGUAUAGCUGCAUGACAGAGGUAUCUGUGAGUUGUUAAUCCUGGAAUGGAGCCAGUUGGAUGAGAACAUGUGGCCUUACAUGCAGGAACAGGACUGACUUUCACUGAUAAAAGGAGGAAAAGUCACAGCUGAAUAAAGCGAACCUGAGCAUCAGCGCUGACGAUCGGGCCUGCCGGAGGAGAGAUAAGAUAGCGCAGAGACGCAAGAGGAACGACUGAUCGAGGAGAAGAGAGAGAGAGAGAGAGAGAGAGAGAGAGAUGAUGGAUCAUUUGUAUUUGUGGAUCUUGAUCUUGUCUCUUUCUCUGUCCUAUCAGACUGUGUCUGCACAAGCUGAAGACUGCCGCACAGCCUUGCCCGCGGACAUCGUGUUCUUGGUGGACGAGUCGUGGUCAGUGGGUCCUUCCAGCUUCAGCCAGAUUAAAGAGUUCAUUGCUGAAAUUAUACGAUCCUUCCAGAGCAGCGUGAUAGGAUCCGAAGGCGUCCGCUUCGGGAUCACUUUAUACGCAGAUGUUCCAAGGAUGCGGGUCGCUCUGACCGACUACUCCACCCUGGAGGAGAUCUUAAACGUGGUGGAGGAGCUGCUGUACGAAGGAGGAGGCAGUCGGACAGGCACGGCCCUCGAGUUCCUCGUGGAAUCUGUCUUUAGCCCGUCUAUUGUCCGAGAAAACACUCCGAAGAUCGCAGUGCUCAUUACAAACGGCAGAUCGGAUGACGUGAUCGACGGAGCGGUUAAAGCACUAGCGGAGAGUGGCAUCUCUCUUUUCGCAGUAGGUGUGAGGAACGCUGAUCCGGAGGAGCUGAGGAGAAUAGUGAGCAAACCUCAUGAGGAGCACCUGAUGCUCAGCCCUGAUUCGUCCUACCUGGAGAACCUGCUGCCCAAAAUUUCCCGCAGAGUGUGUUUCACUGCCUCUGAACCGCCUCGACCUGUUAAACACACGCAUCCGGCGACGGAGAAGGUGGUCGGCCCCAGGGACGUGCAGGUCAGCGAGCUGAGCUACAACUCUCUGCAGCUCUCCUGGAGUCAGGCAACUGGAGACGUGACAGGUUACAGGCUGCUGAUCGCUCCUGUGUCUCCGAAGGGCCAUCUGCUCCCGAUAAAACCCCGACAGAUCGAUUUGAAGGGAGAUGUGGGAAAUACCAAAGUAACAGGGUUGACCCCGAAGACCGAGUACUCUCUUACCAUCUACGCCAUCUACCCCGGACUUAUCGGAGAAUCCUCCACCGUAACCGCAGAGACGGCUCCUGUACCACCGGUGGCAAACUUCCGUUUGAUCGAGGAAGGGCUGUUCUCUUUGCGCUUGGCCUGGACGUCUCCGCUCGGCCAAGUGGACACCUACAAAAUCUUCAUCCCGAGAUCCGACAGACCCGGGAUGAUCUACGAGCAGAUGCUGCAGGGCGACGCCUCCUCUCACGUGAUCGAUAGCUUGGAGGAGGAUAAGACGUACACGGUUAGCAUCUACGCCAUUUACCCCGAAGGACCCAGCGAGACUGUGUCUGUCAUCGGGAGAACAUUGAAGCUGGUCCCUGUUCAUCAACUGUUGGCUGAAAACGCCACGACGGACACGGUGCAGACUCGCUGGCUCUCGGUGAGAGGAGCGUCAGGCUACAGACUCACCUGGGCAUCCUCAGAGGGCCACAUUGAGAGUGUCAACCUUGGAGGGAAAUAUCAGUUCUACAUGAUUCAGGGUCUUCAAACUGGAACCGAGUACACUAUCAGCAUCAACCCUGUGUUCGUGGAUGUAGAAGGACCGGUGACGUCUGCCAAAGUCAAGACAUUGGAGAGUAGUGUGGUACAGACUCUGAGGGCCACUGCGGUAAGCACCAGCAGCGCUUUGACUUCAUGGAACGCUGUUUCAGGAGCCACAGGGUACAGGUUGGCCUGGGGUCCCACUGCAGAAUUUACUGGAAGAGAUCGACCCAGGCAGCUAGCUCUGAAUAGAAGCAUGACAGAGUAUUUACUAAAAAAUCUGGUCCAUGACACCGAGUACGUCAUUUCCCUUUACGUCCUGUUUGGCUCCGUGGUGGGCCCCGGCAUCACCGCUACGUUCAGGACAUCUCCCCUUGGCUAUGUGUCUAAUUUCAAGGUGAUAUCUUACACAAGUUCUUCCGUAAGCGUGGAAUGGAGCGCCAUUGUAGGAGCCACUGAGUAUAAACUCACCUGGAGCUCAGAGGGAGUAAGCGCACAAAGCCGAUAUGUGGAUCAUAGCGUUUUACAUCAAAGCAUCACCGGCCUCCAGCCAAACACGCUGUACACCGUCAGCAUCCACGCUCUGUACGGGAACAUGGAGGGGCCAGAAAUCUCUCUCACACAGAUAACAGCAGCUUCUUCGAUUGAUUCAGAGCAAAUUGAGACAGUAAAGGAACUGAAGGUGGUCGAUAUCGGAGUAAACUCUUUUAGUCUAUCUUGGAGGAAAACACCUGGAGUUACCAACUACAAAAUCAGCUGGACCCCAUUUAAUGGUGGAGAAAAACAGAGUGCGACCGUUUCCUCAUCCAUCACAUCGUACACCAUCACCAGACUGCCAGCCAGCUCCGCCUACAAGAUCCAGGUUUCCUCUUUAGUCAGGGAUCGGGAAGGAAGUUCAGCUACAGUCACCGCACGGACCUUGGAUCUUCCUAAAGUGAACGGUUUCAGUGCUGUGAACAUCACUGACAAUAGCGCUGCACUCAACUGGACCAGAGUUACAGGAGCUUCUGGGUAUCUUCUCUCCUGGAGACAUAUAUCAGAGCUCCAGAGUACCACUGAAAAAUUGGGACCUGGUUUCACCUCAUUUAAGAUAAAAAACCUGCAGUAUGGAAGAACUUACAUCUUCAACAUCCGGCCCCUCUACGGAGAGGUAGAGGGUCCCGUGACGACGGUUACCAAACGGAUCGUAGGUGCCUUCCACCUCAUUCCUGCCCAGCCUGCAACAUCAGCCCCUGUUCCAGCAAGCAAAGAGUUCAGCAUCAACACUACAGCCAGCAACGACACCAGCAAGACCAGCACUACUCAGAGACCUACAACCAAGCCAAACCUGACCGUCACUAAAACCUCCCAAAGAAUAACCACCUUCUCCACUGCAUCUAGAGACCAAACCUCUCUCUCUAGUCCCCCAUCCGGACCCGUGUGUGGCAGGGUGAAAGCAGACAUUGUGUUUCUGGUUGAUGAGUCCUGGAGCAUCGGUUCUAAUAACUUUGGAAAGCUGAAGGACUUCCUGUUUAGGAUUGUGACUUAUUUCCCUGUAAUCGGGCCACAAGGCACACAGAUAGCUGUGGUUCACUACAGUGAUCAGCCCAGGAUCGAGUUCAGCCUUAACACACAUAGAGAUCGCAGCUCUGUGCUAAAAGCUCUCAGGCAGGUUCACUACGGAGGGGGAAACACCAAAACAGGUCGAGGGAUCAGUUAUGUUCUCAGGGAGUUGUUCCGGGAGUCUCUGGGGAUGAGGCAGAAUGCUCCUCACGUACUGGUCCUGGUGACAGAUGGGAAAGCCCAGGAUGAUGUUGAACCACCCUCCAGAGUAGCACAUGUUCUAGGAGUAAGUGUGCUGGCCAUUGGUAUCGCAAAUGCUGACGUUCAAGAACUUAAAAAAAUAGCUUCAGCGACCACCUAUAAGAACGUCUUCUUCGCUGCUGAGUUUGAUGAUCUUCCCUCCAUCGAGAGAGAGCUGAUCAGCAGCAUCUGCAGCGAGGCUCUGAUGUCCGAGUUUCGGCACCAUAAAGAGCCUGCCCAACUGGACAUACAAACCACUGACCCGGUGUCUGUUUCCAAGCCCGAGGGUCCCUGUCCAAUCCAGUGCAAGGGUCAAAAAGGAGAAAAGGGGGACGCGUUCGGACACGGCGGUCUGCGCCCGAAGGUAGACGGUGAUGAUUACGAUCCGUUCACCUUAAAGACUAAAGGGGAGAAAGGAGAGAGGGGUCUUCCAGGAACAGAUGGCAUACCCGGUGUACCGGGACGACCAGGUCGAACUGGACCUCCUGGUUCUGCUGGACUGAGGGGUUCUCCUGGUGUUCCUGGGGAUAUGGGACCACCUGGUAUUACAGGACCGAAAGGUCAGCGAGGAGAGAGAGGAGAACCUGGGUAUGUAAUGGGAAGCAUGGAUGUUGCCCCAGGACGUAAAGGAGAACCAGGAUCCUCUGGUCCUCAAGGGCCUCCAGGUGUUCCAGGUGUCUCAGGACCUCCAGGACUCCCAGGUCAGCCUGGACCACCUGGAAUACAAGGCAUUUCUAUAAAGGGUGAGACUGGAGAUCCUGGCCUUAAAGGUCCACGUGGCAAGCCGGGUCCCAAAGGAGAAAAAGGGGAAGUUGGAGAAAAUGGUCAAGCCGGCUUACCUGGAGCGAUAGGAGUGGAUGGAAAUCCUGGGCUUCCUGGACAUAAAGGUGACAAAGGAGAAAAUGGAGUUGGAAUUCCCGGUGUCCAAGGUGUGCAGGGUUCUCCUGGAGAAAAGGGAAAUAUGGGGCUUUCAGGGCCAGUUGGACCAAAGGGUGAGCAAGGAAUUCAAGGUGUGACAGGACCCAGUGGCCUUAGGGGGAAAAGAGGUUUAAAAGGAGAGCAAGGACUCAAGGGUGAUCGUGGAGAUAUUGGGCCUAUAGGACAUCAAGGAUUAGCAGGUCUGCCUGGAGCUGUUGGACCAAAGGGUGAGAAGGGAGAACAUGGAGCACCAGGAGAUCCAGCGAAAGGCAUACUCGGACCCCCUGGCAAGAAGGGUGCAAGGGGGGAUAUCGGCCCGGACGGACCUAUUGGACUUCAGGGAAUUAAAGGUGUCCAAGGAGACAAAGGUGAAAAGGGCAGUCCUGGCUUCGGGAUUCCUGGACAGCCGGGUCCUAAGGGUGAGACCGGUGAGAGGGGUAAUGUUGGAUUAUCAGGGAAACCUGGACCUAAGGGCAACGAUGGCUUUAAAGGAGAAAAGGGUAACAUGGGUCUCCUCGGAAACCCAGGACCUCCUGGUCUAAGAGGUAAAGAUGGUUUGUCUGGCUCAAGAGGAGACCCUGGACUUCAGGGAGAGCCGGGUCCUCCGGGGCAGCCAGGAGAGAAAGGCAUCAGGGGUCCUCUUGGUCUCCCGGGACAACCAGGAGGUACCGGUGAGAAAGGAGAUGCUGGGAAAAUUGGGUUUCCGGGUCCCGAAGGUCCCAAAGGAGAGAAAGGCGAGCCUGGGAAACCUGGUCCACCUGGAAAUUAUCAAUUGUCCACGUCAGACAACAUCGGAACCAUUAAGGGUGAGCCAGGUGAUCCGGGUGAGCGUGGGCUCCCAGGUCUGCGUGGAGAUACAGGACUACCAGGACCACCAGGUCCACCGGGACAGCCUGGAUCUUCAACAUUUGUAGACCUUGCGGGGGUAUCUGACAGAGACGGACUGAGCGGUUUAAAAGGAACGCACGGACCAAAGAGUGAAUCUGGGAAGAAAGGAGAACCAGGAGCUAAAGGAGAGAAAGGAGAGCCUGGGCGAGUUGGCGUUGCUGGCAUGCCUGGUUUACCCGGUGUUCCUGGUAAACCCGGUGUAGAUGGCAAGCGUGGACUGGCAGGAAAAGAUGGACAAGAAGGACUCAGGGGUAGUGAUGGGAAAAAGGGAGAGAAAGGAGAACCUGGUGUCGUUGGUAAAGAUGGACCAAAGGGAGAUGCAGGUCCUCCAGGUUUGCCCGGUCCUCCUGUUGUAGUGCCAGAGGGUGCCUUACUCGAUGAUUUUAAAACAGCAUUUUCAGGAACAAUGGGUCCUCCUGGAGCAACGGGUUCUGCUGGCAUGAAGGGAGAAAAAGGAGCUCCAGGAGAGAAGGGUGACAUCGGUGUGCCAGGAAGAAGUGUUGAAAUGAAGGACAUCGAGGCAUUAUUUGACUCGUAUGGAAUUAAGCUUUCCCUCCUGAAGGCCUUAAUCGAUAGGCUGCUCCAGGACGGUAUGGAGGAACUACUGCAUGAAAUCAGUAUGAAGAAAAGAACCAAAGGACAGAGGAUAAACCCCGACUCUAACAUCAUCACUGAAUACACUAGCUCAGUGAAGUACGAACUCUCGAGUGAGCCGCAGACUGAUGGACUCCUGCCCGAAGAUGUGGAUCUAAACGAAUCCUACCCAGUUUUACUAAAUGAAACAGAAGAUGGUGGAACUCUGUGGAAUGGCACCGGGGAUAUUAAUGAAGAUCUGAGCAGAACCGAGGGCAGGAUUGAAGUGGAAGAAGGAGAGUCUCUGCUAGAAACCUUCACGCAAGCGUCGUCUGUUUUUAAUACAGCUCAGAUUAACACCUCUUCAGACACGAUUGCUACCACGAAAGCAGAGGUAAGUACGGAGAACGUCCUCCACAUUCAAGAGAACACGGUGAAGAAGACAUCUGAGAAGAAGAAGGGCCGAGAGAAAGGAAAGGGUAAAGGGAAUAAAGGACGACAUAAACGACACAGGAAGCGAUCGGAAGCACUAGACCCAGAUGAAGAAGAGGUCGAGGAGGAGAUUUAUGAUGGUGAUGAUUAUGAUGAUGGUGAUGAUGACGAUGGUGGUGGUGGUGAUGAAGAGUAUGAAUAUGAGAAUGAGCUUGUUACAGAAGAGACUGUUCUCUCCUAUGAGGAAGAGACAGAGCAGAUGAUCUACACAACCGCAGAUCCUUUCCUCUCGAUAUCAGCGGUCACGCAGCAGCAGAGCGAAAGCCUCGUAUCCUCAGAACUCGAUACACCGGCUGCAGAAAAGCGAGUCAUGUCCAGUUCUGAUGCACACAGAACAAUGCCUAAAAUGAAGCGGAGCGCCCCCUCUCCUGAUUACGAGCUCUCAAAUAGUGCAAGAAAGAAAAAGAAACAAAAAAGAAAGAAGCUGAAAAACAAGGAGCCAGAAACUGAGGAUGAAAUAUACAAGGAAACAGAUCUAGAAAGAGAAAUGGGGAGACAGGAGGAAAGAGAGAGAGGGGUGAAAGAUUGGGAGAUGGAAGAGGAAGAGGAACGAGGGACAUGGGCCGAGCAGGAUCUCGAGCGGAGCUCUGGAGAUAGAGACGACGAGAGGAGCGGCGAGAACGAGGAAGACGAGGACUGGAACUGGGAUGAAGAGAGAGAGCGAGACAGGGUGGAGAUGGAGAGAGAAAGAAUUGAGCUAGAACAUGAGAAAGAGGCGGAGUUGGAAAGGGAGGCAGUUGCGGAGAGAGAGCGAGGUAGGGAGAGAGAGACGGAGCGAGAGGACGUCAUGGAGAGACAGAGGAUGGAGUUGGAGAUGAUGGAGAGGGAGGAAGACAUGAGGGCCCACAUCUCUCAGUAUGAACUUCUAAAGGGACCUCCGGGUGAAAAUGGUUUACCAGGACCCAAGGGUGAGAUUGGAGAAAAAGGACAAAAGGGCGAGCCUGGAAUAGGACACCGUGGUCCUGUCGGUCAGGCUGGUCCACCUGGGCAGAAGGGUGAGCCUGGAGAACCAGGACCACCUGGAGCACAAGGCAUUCAGGGAAUCCGGGGCAACCCUGGUAUUCCGGGUACACCGGGUCACAAUGGUGCACCAGGAGAACCUGGAGAGCCAGGUAAACAGGGUGACAGAGGAAGACGAGGAAAAAAUGGAUCACCAGGCUCUCCUGGUGUUUCUGGACCUCCAGGAAAAGAAGGGAUUCCAGGUCCACUAGGAGUGAAGGGCAACAAGGGCGACAGCAUCCCCGGGGAGCCAGGAGAGAGGGGCGUGGCUGGACUUCCAGGACGCAGGGGCACCAAGGGCCCUAUGGGGGUCAGAGGACCACCAGGACUCGUGGGUCCUAAAGGUCUCUCUGGCACAAAAGGAGAAAAGGGUGAUAAAGGCUUACCAGGCAACCGAGGCGAGAAAGGGAGUCCUCUGUCCAUACCUGGGCCACGUGGAUAUAAAGGCAGUAAAGGAGAAGCGGGUGAACGAGGAUCUCCGGGAUUUGAUGGCGAUAAAGGGGAGAAAGGAGAGGAUGGACCACCGGGAGUGAAGGGUUUAAAGGGAGAAGCUGGGGUCAAAGGAAGUAUGGGGCUUUUUGGAGCACGAGGGCCUGUAGGACAAAAGGGAGAUGCAGGAGAAUCAGGCACCAAUGGAGAAGCGGGUCAUAACGGAGAGAAUGGACUGCAGGGUGAAAAAGGCGACAAGGGAGACACGGGAGAGCGAGGACCAAAGGGUGAAGAGGGAGAGAAAGGAGAAAUUGGUUUACAAGGAGACCAAGGCAACAAAGGAGAACAGGGUUUCCGAGGUAUGCCAGGACGGAUGGGCCUCCCAGGAAUAGAUGGGGAACCGGGCAGUAUCGGAGACCCUGGAGCACCAGGCAUUCCCGGACUAAACGGACCCACGGGACGAAAAGGUGAAAAAGGCGAUGGAGGUCUGCAUGGACUUGAUGGUGAACCAGGUAAAAAGGGAGAGAAGGGAUCUUCAGGUUUUCCAGGAUUCACAGGUUUUAAAGGAUCUUCAGGUGCACCAGGAGCAACUGGAGCUCCUGGCAGAUCUGGUCCAGUUGGACCUAAAGGGGAAGUUGGGCCUAAGGGAGAAAGAGGGAGGAGAGGCAGAGGAAAGCCUUGUCAGAGAGGCCUCCCUGGAAUUCCUGGACAAAGAGGGAUGGAUGGUGAGAUGGGGCUGGAAGGACGGAAAGGGGAGAAAGGAGAUAAAGGUCUUACAGUAGAAGAGGUGAAGGACCUGGUGAGCAAAGAAGUAGUGGAAAAGUGUGGGAAAGAUCAAGCGUAUCUUCUUGUGAAGAGCACCAAAGAUCCAGAAGAAAAAAAUGUUCUGAAAGAGGACAAGAGAAAGGAGGAGUUUCCUCUCACUCACAUGGAUGAGGAGAAAGAGAAGCAAAUCUCUGCUUCACCCACUGUUUCACACAUCGAGACAAAUUUACUGUAUGACAAUAUCACAGGGGCUGAAAACCAGGAAACAAAGCAGACUCCGAGAGAUCGAAGACGUGCCCUCAAGGUUACACCAGCGUCUGCCUCAGAGGUCUGUCUGGAGCCCAUGUCCGAGGGCCACUGCUCCGAGUACGUGUUGCUCUGGUACUUCCACCCAAGCUCCGGAGCAUGCCGGCCCUUUAUCUACAGUGGCUGUGGAGGAAACAGAAACCGAUUCAGCACAAAACACGGCUGUGAGACUUACUGUAGUCUGGGGCAGAGAGCUCCUCGGUCCUGAUGACAGCACUGAAGCGCAGUCAUUUCGUCCAGUGAUUAAUGCCACUCUUUUGUAUAUUUUCUCACUUUUCUCACUUCUUAGUUCUUUUUUUUUU